ACACGCACACAGGAUGGAUAAAUGUCGGUGGAGACUAAAGCAGCUCGCUAGUCAGUCCACAGGUCUUUAUCAGGUCACAGGUCGUUGCUGACCACGAGAAUGUUCCGCUCAAGCACCUUUUUGGUUUUACUUCUCGUGUCCUCCGUCCCUUCCUCACACGCCGCCUGCGCCCCGGUCUGCAGGGGCACCGGCGUCGUGGACGGGAGCCGCGUGCCCGACCCAAACAACUGCCACUACUACUACAUCUGCCUUCAGAACGGGGCCGACCUCGAGCCCUCGCCGGUGUCCUUCCCCUGUGAGGAGGGCACCGACUUCGACGCCUUGACCAGGACGUGCAAAGACCCAUCCUCGCCGGGCUUCAUGUGCGACAAAUCCUGUUUCAACUGCAACUACUACUGCAGCGAGAAGGACAUCAUCGCAGACCCGUGGGACUGCGGGACCUACUACUACUGCACGGAGGGCCUCCCGAGCCAGGGGCUGCCGUGCCCAGCGGAGAAGCCCUACUUCGACGGCGAUGCGUGCCAGACGGACGCAGGGAAGUGCUGCUCCUGCAUCUCGUACUGUUCCGCAGCCGACAGGAAUCGCCUGGUGGCCGACGUGUUCGACUGCACCAGCUACUAUUACUGCAACAAGGUAGGGCCUGUCGAGCCCUUCUUCCACAGCACCUGUCCUGCCGGGAACUUCGACUACAUUUAUCAGCGAUGUAGCGAGACGUACCCCUGCUUUGAACAAUGCUCAGAAGGAAGAACUAGAAAGUAGAGUUUAUAAUAAAGGCUAAUAUAUA